AAAAUCUCCGAGAUUGAAGCCCCCAGUCAACCAGUAGUACUGUGAAAGUAGAUAACAUUUAGAAUUGUGUAAUUUUUAGAAAUGUCUAACGCAACACCAGUGACCAAGCCUUCAAACAAAGAAAAUCCACGUGUCUUCCUUGAUGUAGACAUCGGUGGUGAAAGAGUUGGCCGAAUCGUGUUCGAACUGUUUGCUGAUGUUGUCCCCAAAACUGCUGAAAACUUUCGAGCACUCUGUACUGGUGAGAAGGGAACUGGCAAAACCACAGGGAAACCACUCCAUUUCAAAGGAUGUCCUUUCCACAGGAUCAUCAAGCAAUUCAUGAUCCAGGGAGGUGAUUUCUCCAACCAGAAUGGCACUGGAGGAGAGAGCAUCUAUGGGGAGAAGUUUGAAGAUGAGAACUUCUAUUACAAGCACGACAAAGGGGGCUUGCUGAGUAUGGCCAAUUCUGGACCCGCCACCAAUGGCUCCCAGUUUUUCAUCACCACUGUGCCUACUGCUCAUCUAGACGGCAAACAUGUGGUCUUUGGACAAGUCUUGAAGGGGAUGGGGCUGGUGAAAACACUGGAGGCCAUAGAGACCAACGAGGACAUGCCCGUCAAGCCAUGUGUAAUUGCUGAGUGUGGUGAGCAUAAAGAUGGCGACAACUGGGGAGUAGCACCGAAUGACUGCUCAGGGGACACCCAUCCAGACUACCCAGAGGACUCCGAUGUCGACUUAAAAGAUGUUGACAAAAUCCUGUCUGCUGCUGAAGAUAUUAAGAAUAUUGGGAACAACUUCUUCAAGAACCAAGACUGGCAAUCUGCAAUCAAGAAGUACUCCAAAGCUCUCAGGUAUCUGGCGCUUGGCGGAGACGAGCAGGAGAUUGAGAAGGCCCAAACGAAGCUGGAGCCCACAGUGUUGAGCUGCAUUCUCAACACAGCUGCCUGUAAACUGAAGUUGCAGCUCUGGCAGGAAGCCAUGGACAGUUGUGACGAGGCACUGGAGUUGAACCAGAAAAACACUAAGGCUCUGUUCAGGAGGGCCCAGGCCUGGCAAGGACUGAAGGAGUACAGUAAAGCCAUGAGUGAUCUGAAGAAAGCUCAAGAAAUUGCACCGGAGGAUAAAGCAAUCGGAAACGAGAUGAAGAGAGUCCAGAUAAAAGUGAAGGAGGAAAAGGAGAAAGAGAAGCAAAUCUAUUCCAAAAUGUUUGUGUGAAGGUAUCAGACAAUAAUUUGAUAUAGGCCUAUCCUUAAAGUCCACUUGCCAAUAGUUAUUUCGUUUAGGCAGCUAGCUACAAUACAGGUGCAAAUUGAAAACCAGGACCAUAUAAUCAUAUUGUCUGUUUAAUGAGUGGCACACAAGGGCAGAUGAAAAUGAAGUAUACAUAUGUAACAAAAUGUAAGCAUUUUUUUUUGAGGAAGCGUAAACCUGUCAGCAUUUUGUCAAGAGUAUUUCACUAUUAAUUUCAUAUUUACUCUGAAUAACUACUGUAAUAUCCCUUUAUUUAUUUUUCUGAAUGUUUAAUAUAAGCCAUAAAGAUGAAAUGUGGUUGGU